AUGGCGGUUUCAUUGGCAUUCAUAGUACCUGUGAGGUCUAUUAGCCUACCAUCUAGGCUAAACCCUAAGUCCCAAAAAAUUGAGUCAGAUUUAAACAAGUUAAAGACUUCGAAAUUUUCAAGUUCUCUAGUGAGUGAGGAUCUUCUGGUGGGCUUGUCUGGCCUAGCAGAGUUGUACAAUUGCAUCGAGGAACUUGUUCUUGUUAGCUACAUUGUAAUGUUUGGAAAUCGAAAGAAAAUCAAGAAGAAAGCUGAAGAGAAGAAAGAUCAACACAGAGAGUUUUACAGAGAGAUAGAUUUAGAGAGAGAAAUAUGCUUUUUUCUCUCUCCAGUGACCCAACAAGCACUUCGCCACCAACAGUGCAAAGCAAUUGUGGAAGAAGCACUUGACGGGUCAGUUGGGUUGCUAGACUCAUGUGGUAGUGCAAGAGACAUUCUCUUGACAAUGAAGGAACAUGUCCAGAACAUCCAAUCCGCAUUGCGCAGGAGGACUGGAGAUUCAAGCAUCGAAACCACCGUUCAUUCCUACAUUUGCUUCCGCAAAAAGGCAAAGAAAAGCAUUGCAAAGAGCCUCAGAGAGUUGAAGAAAAUGGAAACAGAUCUUGGGUCAUUCCAUCUCUUGGAUUGUGACCACGGUGUACUAUUAGUGCUUAAAUUGUUAAGAGAGUUAAGUGAUGUAACAAUUUCCAUAUUUCAAUCCCUCUUCAUGUUUCUAUCCACGCCGGUGGCUAGCACAACGGGUAGCAAAUGGUCAUUGGUGUCAAAGUUAAUGGCGGCGAAAUUUGCAGCAACAGAAAAAGGCCAAACGGUUUACAAUGAAGUGGGAAGUGUUGAUGUUGCUCUUUGCUCACUCCAUGGAAAUAUCAGGAGUGAUGCCAAGAUUGAUGUGCUGGUGGUUCAGUGGAGACUAGACACACUGGAUUGCAGCAUAUCCAGCCUUGAUGCUGGAUUGGAAAUAUUCUUCAGAUACCUAUUGCGACAUAGAGUGUCUCUACUCAAAGUCCUUACACCUUGA